AUGUUAAAUAAAAACGCACAAGAAUAUAUUAAUCAAAAAUACCCAAUAAAUGGAACAUGUAAUAGAAACGCUGAUCCAGAAAACAAGGGCAAAAGACGUGAAGAAAUAACCAAAUUAGAUAUUAGCAAAGGAAAAACUGGGGGUAACGAAAACAUAUUUAGUAAUAGCGAAUCCAAAAACCUAAUUGGAGACUUAAAAUUAGAAGGAUUUACUAAUUUGAGAAUUUUUAAAAUCUACUCUCAUCAAUUGAUUAGUUUGGAUGUUAGCGCGUGUAGAAAUUUAGAAGAAUUAGACUGUCAUGAAAAUGAACUUACUAAAUUAAAUAUAAAUGGUUGCUCUAAUCUCAAAAUAAUCAACUGUUCCAAUAAUUCUCGUUUAAACGAAAUUAAUAUAAAUAAUUGCCCAAGCCUUGAUAUAAAACAAUUGAAGAAUGAUUUUAUAUAUAAUAAAAGGACUGGCAAAUUAGUGAAAAGGUUAAGACCAGAACCAAAACAAAACAGUCCUCAAAAUGUUAAACAAGAAAGAAAUGCCAACGGUAAUCAAGAAAGAAAUGCCAACAGUAAACAAGAAAGAAAUGCCUACGGUAAGCAAGAAAGAAAUGCCUACGGUAAGCAAGAAAGAAAUGCCAACGGUAAACAAGAAAGAAGUGCCUACGGUAAACAAGAAAGAAAUGCCUACGGUAAUCAAGAAAGAAAUGCCUACGGUAAUCAAGAAAGAAAUACCAACGGUAAUCAAGAAAGAAAUACCAACAAAGGAAUUGAAAAAGAAUUAUAUACAAAAAGAAACAAACUAAGAAAAUUGCAAAUUGAAUUGUCUCUGAAGCUUAAAGAUAUUUUAGCAAAUGUCUUAACUAGAUAUUUUUUUAAAAGCCAUAGAAUGAUCGUAGAAGGAAGAGAUGUUAAGGGUUAUUAUAGCAAAAACUUAACCGAUUUAAGAAACGGGUUAGGAUCAGAUACAGAAGGUCAUAAAAUACUUGAUCAAAUACUAUCUGUGCAAAAGGAAAUAAUUGAUCUGGAAAAAGAAUUAGAAUCAACGACGACAUCACAACUUGGAUCACCUCCACCUUAUUAUGCUAUUCAAGCUAUUCAAAUAGAAUUUUCAGAAAAUAAUUAUAACUACUGA